AUCUCUCUUCCGAGCCCUAGGAUACUCGUUGGCGUGCUUCACCCAAUUGCCUCGGGAAUUUCAAUUUCUCCCCACAAAGAAUUCCAUAUACCAAGCUGAAACUCUGUGGAUCAUACACCAAAUUCAAACAUGACGGAUUACGAUGGGAGGUACGAAGGUAAUGGGGAAGAUGCAGACAACUAUGGCGAUGGUUUUUCUCCUCAAGCUCGUGGUGGCAGCCAUGGUGGCCACGACACUCACAGUGAUUCGAAAUCUCAGCAUGGUUCUCGAGAAUAUGAAAGGGAAUCUUCAAAAAGUCGAGAAAAAGAAAGAGAUAAGGGGCGGGAUAGGGAGAAGGACAGGGAGAGGGAUCGGGACCGAGGUAGAGAAAGGGAUAGGGAGAAAAGCAAGGAUGGGGAAAGAGACCGGGAGAAAGACAGGGAAAGGGAUCGUGACAAGGACCGUGAUAGGGAUCGUGACCGUCAUCAUAGAGACCGCCAUAGGGAUCGAGGUGAGAGGAGGGAAGGGGGCAGAAGUAGAGAUGAUGAUGAUUACUACAGGAGUAGAGACUACGACAGGCGGAGAGACUAUGAUAAAGAACGAGAAGACAGACAUAGACGUAGGUCUCGUUCUCGCUCAAAGGGAAUACCUGAACAUAGGUCAAGGUCCCCUUCUCCGUCGCGGUCAAGAUCACGCUCCAAAAGCAAACGAAUUAGUGGUUUUGACAUGGCUCCUCCCACUACUGCAAUAUUACCUGGUGCAACUGCUGUUGCAGUGUGGAAAGUUGACAACAAAUUGCAUGGUGUCAUUGGCAGGUCAGAUUCCCGGGACAACUCCAGCAAUUCCUGGAAUGUUUCCUACCAUGUUUCCUCUGGCAACGGGUCAGCCCUUUGGAGCACUUCCUGUAAUGCCGGUUCAGGCAAUGACUCAACAGGCUACUAGACAUGCACGGCGCGUUUAUGUGGGAGGGCUACCACCAACAGCCAACGAACAGUCUGUUGCCACAUUUUUCAGCCAGGUCAUGGCAGCAAUAGGAGGAAAUACCGCUGGCCCUGGAGAUGCGGUUGUUAAUGUUUACAUAAAUCAUGAGAAAAAGUUUGCUUUUGUUGAGAUGAGAUCUGUUGAGGAAGCCAGUAAUGCAAUGGCCUUGGAUGGGAUCAUCUUUGAGGGAGCGCCUGUUAAGGUGCGAAGACCUAGUGAUUACAAUCCUUCUCUUGCUGCAACGCUUGGUCCCAGCCAGCCAAGCCCCAAUCUGAACCUAGCUGCUGUUGGUCUAACUCCAGGUUCAGCUGGUGGUCUUGAGGGUCCAGACCGCAUUUUUGUGGGUGGACUUCCCUAUUACUUCACAGAAGCUCAGGUCCGAGAGUUGCUGGAGUCUUUUGGGCCCCUACGAGGUUUUGAUCUGGUGAAAGAUAGAGAGACGGGAAAUUCAAAAGGCUAUGCAUUUUGUGUUUACCAAGAUCUUUCAGUCACUGACAUAGCCUGUGCGGCCCUCAACGGUAUUAAAAUGGGAGAUAAGACGCUCACUGUUCGGCGUGCAAAUCAAGGAACCAACCAACCCAAACCAGAGCAAGAAAGUGUUCUGUUACAUGCACAGCAGCAAAUUGCGUUGCAGAAGCUUAUGCUACAGCCUGGGGCUGUAUCCACCAAGGUUCUUUGUCUUACACAAGUUGUUACCCCGGAAGAGCUUAUUAAUGAUGAAGACUACGAAGAUAUCAUGGAAGACAUGCGAGGGGAAGGCGGAAAAUUUGGUGCAUUAGUAAACGUUGUAAUCCCGCGUCCGAGACCCAAUGAAGCAGCACCUGGAGUUGGAAAGGUGUUUUUAGAGUACGCAGACAUCGAGAGCGCAACGAAAGCUCGAUCUGGUUUGAAUGGAAGAAAAUUUGGAGGGAACCAAGUGAUAGCUGUAUUCUAUCCAGAGAACAAGUUUGCCCAAGGGGAGUAUGAUGCCUAAACUUCACUUUUUACUUACAAACACAGUUAUUGGUAAAAAAAAAAAAAGAAAAUAUUUACCUUUGUUCUAAAUGUGGUAAGGUAAGGUAAGGUAAGUUUGUGAACAGGCAAGUAAGUAAAGGUAGCGUCUAGAUUUUAGAUAGUUACUGUCUCUGUCAUUUUAAAUAGUGUAAUGGAUGGAUAGCCUCAUCUCAACCUUCUUCUUUAUUACUAUACUUUUAAUAGACUUUCUUGAAUCUUGUGUGUA